UAAAAACUGAAUAUAAAUUUUUUUUUGUGAUUUUGUCAAAAUUAUGAGGAAUAUAAAUAUUUGUUGUACCUUUAUUAUAAACUAAGCACUACGACUUUAUACAUAAGGACUAAUAACCUUUUUUACGUGGAUGCUGGUGAAAAUGUAGGUCUCCGCUCUCCGGAUUUUUAUGGAUGGAUCGUAAAAGAUACAUAACGUUGUAACUGUAUACAGGCUUUUUAAGAAAUGACGCUCGCGACUCGAGCGAGUUGCAUAAAAUGAUUAAUAUUUAUUUCUUAAAGAAGUAAGUGAAUUAUUGAAAAAUAUAAAUAAAUAACUUAUAUAUUGUUUUACCGAGACACGAAAAAUAUAUUAGGUUAAUAAGUACUUUGCAGGAGUUUAAGAAAUAAAAUUAUAGAGUCCAAGAGAAGAAAGAAAUGACGACGAUAUUAAUCAAAUUUUGUCAUAAUUACAAUAUUAAAAAACAGAAUCUAAUAAUCUAAAUUGACAAGAAAAAAAAGAAUGAAUAAAUGAAACAAAGAAACUAGAAGGGAAAUCAACGUAGUUAGUAGCCAAAAAAAGAUUCGAAUGGUUUCGAUAUAUCGUAGACGUAGUUUUCCCAAGGUUCGUUAGCCCAACAACCGAAAAAUUUGACCUCGUACUCGAGAGAGUGGCUGGUUCGUACGGAAAUUCAGGGCGAAGGUUCCAGAGGUUCCGGUUACGAUACCCGCUACAGGUCGCCGUGUAUACGUUAGUAUCGCGGCAAGAUCCGGGCAAAGGAGUAUCAGGAAGAAUGGAAAGGGGAAUGUCGGUCACUGGGCCUUUCCUUGCGAUGACGGUACUCCGUUUAGCGCCUCGGGGCCACCUAGGAAUGUUGGAAUGGCACACAACUUGAAAAGUCUCUCGUCUUUUCUCUCCCUGCUUUCCUUUCUCUCUCCCUCUUCGUAUCCUCCUACUUCUCUAAGUUGGUAACAUUUGCGUCUGCGUCUGAUACGACGUACAUCUGCUUUUGAAUACGCCAUAAAAUAAAUUUGAUGCACGAAAUAUAAUGUAGAUACGCAGUUGAUUGAACAUCAUAUAGAUUAUGAAUACGUUCUACGUGUAGUUUAUAUUUGGUUCAUGAUUUAUGUAUAGGGUCGAAAGUUGUUCGAGGUAGAACUUUAUAAUUAAUAUUUUGUAUUCUUUAGAAAUAUUUUCGCUCAAUCUUCGAGGGUAAAUGAUAUUAAUAAUACAUUAAAUUUCCAUUUAAAUAACGUUUGAUCAAAUACCAAUCUCUUCUGCCUUCUUAUCUUCUUUUCUAAAUGUAUAUCAAAGUAGACUUGUUUACUUUUGCAUUUCAAUAUUAUCGUGCUUUGACAUGCCAAAAAGGGCUAAACACAGAGAAGCUUUUAAAUUCCAGCCAGCUUCAAAGCGCUCCCGUUGUAACUUAUUUACCGCUCUCUCCGCGGGUGUUACACUUUUUCGGUAGAUUACAUAAAAACCGAGAAAGUUCAAGCUCGUAUUUAGGUAGCUAGUGCCGCUAAAUCUCCAAUGACUUCCCUUCGAAUUUCUGUUUUUUGAAGAAACUUCUCGUAGAAAAUUCUAAAAUGUGUUCCAAUCUUUCCAGCGCAACCGGUAACGCGCAGAGGAAGAGAAGAAGUGGUCCGCCAGAGGAAGAGGAGAUUCAUGGAACGUUUACGCUUGCCAAACAGCGCCGUUUCGUUUGCACGUUUGCAACGAUGGGGGCCGGUGAACGAGAGCAAUGGACGGUCGUGCGAAACGGCAAAGCUAAACGGCAAUGCGAAACGGGCGCGGUUCACUGCAUAUUUCCAUGGCGGUUAUAGCCCAGGAUAUCGCGCGAGUACCGUAAAGGUGAAGAAGCGGGUCGUUGCCGGAUCGAAUUCCGCGCGUACCAGCUCGAACCACAUUAAUUUUCAGCGUGCGCGCUAGAAUUACACCGGAUCCUUUUGGUGAGAAAAAUGGAAGGUAAGAAAGAUGGGUGGUGCUCAGUUUUACCAGUGCCUAUCUCCUCCCUCUCCCGGCUUCUUACCGUGUUGGUUCGCCUCCCUGCGGAUGCGGCCGCUGCAACCGCACUUUUUCGUGUCUACAAUCUAUAGGCAAUACUACGUGGAGUACCGUAAAGUUGGAAGGAGCAAUACGUUCCAGAAUCGAAUUCCGGACGUGUCUGUGCGAGCCACAUGAAUUUUUCCCCAGGUUCCUCCCGCUGAGUAUCACGCCGACUAUUCUUGAAGGAAAAAAAGAACGAAGGAGAAGGAGUCGAGAAGGAAAGGAGAGAAGAAGAAGAAAUAGGAAGUAUCGAAGUAGGAGAGACUAAGAGGGACAUGGAUCCAUCGUGAUACACGAAGAGAUCGAGUCUUUCGUAGGCAAAGGCCGUUGACUGUGACGCAGUGUAAUUCCGGAUGGUUUUGGGUCAUCUGGUCGAUCGAUGGCCCGUUUCAUCUAUUAUUGAAAUAAAUUCAUCAGUACUGUAUCGAACAUUAAUGGCAAUCCAACGAUUUUGUCGGAAUUUUUCGACGAAAUUUUCGAUGUAAAACGAUCGAAGCCAGUACGAUUGGCGUUGCACGUUUCCUGGUGUUACGCCGGUGUCCAGAGACUGGCGUACGUCGACAGGGCCGUAGAAUUCUAGAAGGGGGUCAUCAUACGAGGCCGGCUCCGCCGAACGCACCGAGCCAGGACAGUAUACGAACGUCAUUCGGCGCGGACUGAGCGGCGAAAGGCGCGUUACCUGCGAGCGGUACCGCAAUUUCGAAUCGAAGUUUGCUCUCUCGUGUCUGCUUUUCUCUUUACGAACGGGAACGGCUUGCGAUUCAGUGCAACGAUCAUCGUAUAAAUCUACGCGAUAUUUGCGAUUUCUACGUUGAGCCAGUGCGAGGAAGAAAGAAAAAAGAUCACGAGGGAGAUCUACGGAUUGUUUCACGGAGAACGGAGGAUUAAUUGGCUGCACGUUUCCACGCGUGUGAAUUAUAGAAAUCGAGAUAUAGCGAGCCGAUUAAAAAAUCACUUGAUGCGCUGAGGAUGCGCCGUGAUUUCUGCAACGGUGGGCUUGCCUGCGCCGUUGUGUGGGUGUCAUCGACCUGCUGGCUGCUACUAUCUUUGUCAUCGUCGGUCACAGCAGAGCCAUCGUUGAAAGCAAUAGGUCGAUGCCCAGCCUUCGAGGAGCAGAACGUGUGUCCCGCAAGGGCGCCAAAUUGCGAGAAUGACUUCCAGUGUCAGGCGUCGGGGGAACGUUGCUGCAAGACAGCUUGCGGCACGAAAUGCGUCAUCGGCGAGCUGACAGGAUGUGAACAGCUGGCGAAAGCAGCCGUGAGAAGAUCGCGCGCCCUUGGUCCACGUGGACCGUCGCAAUUUAUACCAAAGUGCAACAACGAGACCGGCGAGUUCGAGAGGAUACAAUGUGAUCCGCGAGAGAAAAACUGCUGGUGCGUGGACGAAAUCGGUGCCGAAGUUCCAGGUACUAGGGGAUCCUCCAAGGAUGUGAUCGAUUGCGAUAAUCCCCGCGAGUGUCCCGCACAUAGCUGUCGAAUGCUUUGUCCACUAGGCUUUGAGAUCGAGCCGAAAACUGGCUGCGCUAAAUGCGAGUGUCGAGAUCCUUGCCGCGGGGUCGCCUGUCCAGGGACCAGUCAAACGUGCGAGUUGAUUGAUGUAACAUGCGCCCGUCCACCGUGCCCGCCAAUUCCCAGCUGUCGCAAAGCGAAGUCACUGUCGACAAUUUGCCCAGCCGGUGAACCGCUGCAAAUCACGGACUCGCCAAGGCCAUUCCUCUGCGGCGACUCGCCAGGGAAACCGACCUGCCCGCCGAUGUAUAGCUGCCUGGUGGAACCGAAACAGGAAUACGGAGUCUGUUGUCCGUCCAACAUUAAUCUAAAGAGACCAGGAACGUGUCCAUUGGAGGAGCCAGCUAUUUGUGGCAAUUCCUGUCAGCAUGACUUAGAGUGUCCAGGUCCGCAGAAAUGUUGCAAGAGCGAGAAGUGUGGAGGAGGAGUUUGCUCUGUUCCACAGGGGCUCAGUGCUUGUCACAGAGACCGUGUGCUGGCAGAGAUGCUGAGUAUUUCCGAGAGGCAAGGCCGUGGAUAUAUUCCUCAGUGCACGGAAGAUGGAGGAUACGAAGGUAGACAAUGCUCGAGGAACGGUCUGGUUUGCUGGUGCGUGGAUAAUAAUGGUCGAAAAAUAUCUGGAACCAUGGGACCAGCAGAUAAAGUAGAUUGCAAGUCAAUAACGAAGGGAAGAUCGCUUCCGGCGUCUUGUGUUUCCCAACAGUGCGCCCAAGUUUGUCAAUAUGGAUUUAAAACCGAUGCUUCCGGUUGUCCAACUUGCGAAUGCGACAAUCCUUGUGAAGGUUUUCCAUGUCCGGUUGGAGAACAAUGCGUUCUGCAUCGUGAAGACGGUUGCCCAGACUUUCUCUGUCCAACCAGACCAGAAUGUAAAUCGAAGAAAACUUAUCAGAGUCCUUGUGUCUAUGGAACUCCCCUUAUCGAUAACGAACGAAACGCUGUAGCCUGUUCUGAGAACGAAACUUGUCCACAAGGCUACAAAUGCACCGUUGUACCGGAAGCUGGACAAUCGGUGUGCUGCAUGACGUCAGCCAAUUCCACAAAACCACAAACCAUGUGUGAAUACUUGAGGGAAUUUAACGACCGCAUGGAAGGAACCAGGGAAGAUAUGUCUUUAGCGAUUCCACCACCACAGUGUGAGAAAGAUGGUAGCUACAAACCGUUACAAUGUCACAAUGGUACCUGUUCCUGCGUAAACGACCGGGGAGUUGUUCUAAAAAGCGGUGUGAAUCGUAGCACUGAUUGUAAAGAGAUAAACGACCUUCUCAAACUCUGUGGAUCUUUCUCCUGCAAUUUAAGGUGCCCUUACGGCUACGAAGUAGAUGCGACUGGUUGUCAGCAAUGUCGUUGUCACGAUCCUUGUAAAGAUGUCUCAUGUGGCCCACAUGAGACCUGUACGAUGGUCGACGUGAAUUGUGGAUCAGGACAACACUGUCCAGCUGUUCCAGCUUGUCUUGCCAUGAAACCAGGGCAGUGUCCGUAUCUGGUACCAAGUUCAUCGAGUUGCGAACUACAAUGUAGUAAUGAUCAAGAAUGUUCUGCCACGCAAAAGUGCUGUUCUACAGGUUGUGGGACGCAGUGUGUAGCUCCUGUGAUGGCCACAGCUUGCCAACACGCACGUGCAGUGGCAGAACAUGCGGCCAGAGAGUCAGGGGAACCAGCCAGAAGGAUUUAUAUCCCGAGAUGCGAUGCUAGUGGAGCAUUCGAGCCGGUUCAGUGUCACAAUGGAAUGUGCUGGUGCGUGGACAAGGAGGGCAGAGAGGCUGCAGGCACUCGUGUUCUCGAGGGAGUGGUACCAAAGUGUAACACACCGCUCAGAUGUCCAGAGAUCGAUUGCAAGCUUGAUUGUGCCGAUGGAUUCGAACUAAAUCCUGAUAGUGGUUGUCCAAUGUGUUCCUGUCGAGAUCCCUGCAAGAGCGUAACUUGUCGGGGAGAAAACGAGGCCUGUAGAAUGGUCGAAGUAGCCUGUAGCGUACCACCGUGUCCGCCCGUACCAGUCUGUUUGCCUAAGAAAGAUAAUCCUUGUCCAAAUGGAUCUCCUUUACUAGAUCAAAACGGUUCCCCAGCAAUUUGCGGACCACAUGGUCAACAUUGUCCAUCCACACACAAAUGUGAACUGUCUCCUCUGGAUGAAUACGCUGUAUGCUGUCCCAAACCUCGCGAAGUUUGUUUUGAACCACCACGAAAAGUACCCUGUAAUUUAGGAAUGGGUUUAAAUGAAACUGAGAGAUGGUACUUUGACCCAGAACAUAACGAAUGUAGGAGGAAAUCCGAGUGUACUCUGGGUCACAAUGAUUUCUCCAGUCGCUUAGUAUGCGAUACCGUGUGCCCUGUAUUAUCACAAUGUGAAAGACUCAGAGAGAAGAACUUGAAAACAUCUCAAAGGCUGAAGCAACCAACAUUUUUGCCCAGAUGUGACCCGGAAAAUGGCAUGUGGGAGUCUAUACAGUGUUUGGAGCACGUUGGUGUUUGCUGGUGUGUCAACAGAAAGGGUCAACCUGUGAAAGGUUCGCUUACCAGAGGAGCAGAGCCCAAGUGUAACUUUAGGCAAGCAAGACGGGGAGGCAGAGGGCCGGCAGUUCAAGAAAUCGACCGUGAAAUUCAAGCGUUCAUGGAGAACGCUCUAAUUAACUUAGAAACUGACGAGAAGCAAAUCGGGAUGGUGUUAGGCACAAGAUGUCAGGCGAUGAAGGAUAAAGGCCACGUCCCGGCAAUUUGCGAUCGUCAGGGCAGGUUCGAGCCGACGCAGUGUGCUGGGGACACAUGCUGGUGUGUCGACGAGGCAGGCAAUCAACUCAUUGGCUCAGAACCUUUCCUGAAAGGAACGAAUAUUUGCUUGCCAACUCCAGUAGAAGCUGUCGAAGUAACUCUACGUUUCCCCGGUCGAUUCCUCGGCGAUGACGAGGCUACACUGACCAGACAAGCAGAGGAUCUACUACAUGAUCUAGGCGCCAGAAUAAAGAACGACGUGCGAGUAGAAAUCAAUCAAGACUCAGCCAUACUUAGUUUCGAAGUGAUAGGACCGAACAAAGUAGACAUAGCAUUCCAUCUGGAAGAAUUAACCAGAAUACAAAAAUUAUCCAUGUUGGGAUCAUUCGCGGACGCAACCACUUCUCGUUUCACACACAGAUCUCCUCCAAUAGCUAUGCAGAGUAGAAUUGUAGCAUUAGAACAACGAGAAAUCCUCACAGAAGUGGAAACGCCCGUUUAUCAAACUGCAACCUUGGUUUUGGCUGCUGGAAGCGCUUUCAUAAUUAGCAGUUUGCUGAUUUUAUUGAUGUUAUACCGUAAAAAGAUGAAAAUGAAAGAUCCAUCAAAAAAUUUGGCGGCGGAUCAGCACUUCCUCGCGUACCAGCAACCAGUGUAUGUGAUAUCGGGCGUAGAACAGGAAGAGAAGAAGAAGGACAUAGCCGAAGCGCAAGAGAGUACGUCUACCUCGGAUGUGGUCGUCGGUACAUAGAAAAGAUCAAGAGUUCGUCGCGUAGAUCGCUCUUAUUCCGUGCGCGAAUAUAGUCAUGAUCCAAGUCACGUCUACGUAAUCCCCUUCAUAUUUCGAUGAGAUAUUUAUUCUUUGAAUAUGAGAUACAUCGCGACUGCCAGAAUUGACGGUCGACCGAAUAAAUUGCAAACGGUACUUCCUUCCUUGUGGACACCAUGCGAUAUCGAUCCCACAAUAUAGGAUGUAACGUGUAGCCACAAUACGGAUUUUAUUUUAAAAAAUUAAAAAAAUGGAAUUCGGUCGGUCGUCGAGAAAUAAUAGUUUUUAUUUAGAACAAUCUGAUCUUCUCGCGGGUCUCUCUGUUUCACCUAGAACUUAUCGAAGCCACCAACGCAAAAAUGUCCUGGCUCGAGAACGAAACGCCGAGGAUAUCGUUGCGUUAAAUGUAUGUAUAUCAUGGGUGUAAAUAUUAGACUCAUACUGUGUUCGUUUAUUUAUAUAGCUCAAUAAAGAUCGGAAAUUCCUUUA